AUCCUGUUAACUCCGUUGAAAUACAUGCUUGCCAAUCGUCCUGCCACGUUAGCCAACUGACAUCACAAUGACUGAGGACUUAGACGACAGAUUCAGUAGUCUCACCUGGGACCAGAUUAAAAUCCUGGAUCAAGUUUUAGCUGAGGUCAUACCUAUUCAUGGGAGAGGAAAUUUUCCAACACUGGAUGUAAAGCCAAAGGAUAUCAUUCAUGUGGUAAAGGAACAGCUCAUUGAAAAGCAAAUCAACGUUAGAGAUAUCCGCCUGAACGGUUCGACAGCCAGUCACAUCCUAGUAAAGCAGAACGGAACCAGUUACAAGGACCUAGACAUCAUUUUUGGGGUGGAACUUCCAAGCGAGCUCGAGUUCCAGGUUGUUAAAGAAGCAGUUCUUAAUUGCCUAUUGGACUUCUUGCCAAAAUGUGUUAAUAAGGAAAAAAUCACCGCUCAGACCAUGAAGGAUGCCUACGUGCAGAAGAUGGUCAAAGUCUCCACUGACCACGAUCGCUGGAGUCUCAUCUCGCUGUCAAACAACAGCGGCAAGAACGUAGAAUUAAAGUUCGUCAACUCACUCAGACGGCAGUUUGAGUUUAGCGUGGACUCCUUCCAAAUCAUACUGGACUCCAUACUAAAUGUUUACAGAGCAACAGACUGCAAACUGACAGAAGACUCUCACCCCACUGUCAUCGCCGAGAGUAUGUAUGGAGACUUCAACGAAGCAAUGGACCACUUAAAAUACAAACUGAUUUCCACAAGGAACCCAGAGGAAAUCAGAGGAGGUGGCCUCCUGAAGUACAGCAAUCUCCUGGUUCGUGACUUUAAGCCAGCAGAUGAGGCUGAAAUUAAAUCUCUGGAACGUUACAUGUGCUCCAGGUUCUUCAUUGAUUUUCCAGAUGUUGCUGAGCAGCAAAGGAAAAUUGAGUCAUAUCUGCGCAACCACUUCAUUGGGGAAGAGAAAAGCAAGUAUGACUACUUGAUGACUCUGCGUGGAGUUGUAAACGAGAGCACAGUCUGUCUCAUGGGACAUGAACGAAGACAAACUCUGAAUAUGAUCACAAUUCUGGCUUUAAAAGUACUCGGAGAACAAAUCAUCCCAAAUGCAGCCAAUGUAACGUGCUAUUAUCAGCCUGCUCCAUAUAUCAGUGACAGAAACUUCAGCAAUUACUACAUUGCUCACGGACAACCAGCUAUCAUCUACCAGCCAUACCCAUUUCACAUACAAAUGCAAAGCGGCAUGGUUUAG